CAGGACCUUGCCUGAUGAAUCCCACCUACCCUGAUGGCUCCACGACAGCUCUGUGCAGACUUCCUGGGAAUUCUCCUCCUGCUGACCCAUUCUGUUUCUGAGAAAUUCUCCCUGUCUGGAUCACCCUAUCCUGUUGUAGGGAUUGUUGGCCAGGAUGUGGUGUUACCCUGCCAGCUGUUGCCCAGGACUUGGCCUGUAGACAUGGAAGUGCUGUGGUCAAAAAUUGAAGGGACACACAGUGAAGCUGGAUAUGUAAACGUACAUCAGUACAAAAAUCAACCUAACCUGGACAUCUCGGGAGACAACUACCAGAGACGGACAGAGAUGUUCCAGCAGGAAUUUAGGAAUGGGAAUGUGUCAUUGAAGCUCAAGAGGCUCCAUGUUACAGAUGCCGGGACAUAUAUCUGUUUUGUGAAGUCUCCUACAUGGAGUCACGAAGCCAACACUGAGCUACAGAUUGCAGCUGUUGCCCCAGUGUUCAUUGAUGUGCUGGGUCCCCAGGGUCAGGGGAUUGGGCUGGCCUGCAGAUCCACAGGGUGGUUCCCCAAACCUGAACUCCAGUGGGUUGGAAACAAAGGGCAGAGUCUGACGCUGGAGUCCAAGAUUGGAAUGACUCAGGACAAUGAAAGUCUAUAUAAUGUUCUGGGCCAUGUCACUGUCCCAGGAGGAGAGGGCCCAGCAGAGAUUAUCUGCAUAGUGCGGAAUGGCCUACUGAAGACAGAGCGAGAAUCUGCCAUUCAUCUCUCAGAUGACAUUUUCCCACAUACUUCUCCCUGGCUGGCUGCAUUCUGGAUAUCAUUUAUGCUACUUCUUCUUACUAAUGGAGCCUGGGCAUUUUGUGGAUAUAAAGAGAAGCAAAAGGUUUCUCAGAAGAAAAGCUGUGAAGAGGAUGCUCUAUUAUCUCUAGAACAGCAUGAUCGAAGCAAGAGGAUUGUUCCUAUCACUCUGGAUCCAGAUUGUAAACACCCUGCACUGAAAGUGUCUGUGGAUGGGAGAAGAGUCUGGCAUGAACCUGAAUCUCCAGAGCAGACCACCUUCUCUGGACCUCUCAUCGCAGUGGGGAGGGAGGGGUUUGUGGGUGGGAGGCAGUACUGGGAGGUGGAGGUGGGGGAUGAACCAGACUGGGAACUGGGGGUGCUGAGCGAGACUGUGAGGGACAGAGUGAUAGCAGCACAGUUAGAAAACGCCCCUGUGGAGGGGUGUUGCUCCCUGCGGAGAUCUGAGGGGCUAUAUCACCCCAAUGAGGCAAACACUAAAAUCCGGGAGUGGGAUUUAUGGCCGACAGUGAUUGGGGUUUAUCUGGAUAGAGAAGCAGGGACAGUUUCAUUUUAUAAUGUUAAUGUCUUGGCUGAUAUUUUUGUGAUGCCUCUUGACAAUUCAGAGAAAGUGUAUCCAUUCCUCAGGCUUAGUCAUGAUAAGGGGAGAGACAAUGGAAAACCCCUCAGCAUAUGCUCCCGCAGAGACUGGGAUUUCCCUACGAAAUUAUCAAUGCAGACUGUUUGUCAGGAUAGAGACAAUGACCCAUAUUCCCAGUCAUCCUGAGCCUAAGAAGAUGGGAGAAGAGAAGAAAUCAGUUCAGGACCAUCCACAACUAAACAAAAGGCUAAAGCAGGGAUGGAAGAAAUUACUAAAUCUCGUGGCUUGAAAUUCG